AUGUCGGCGGCCACUGUGUUCGACUCGAAGCUUUUCGGCAACAUCUUCGGCACUGAUGAGAUCAGAGAGUGUUUCUCCGAGCGCGCCUACGUGGCCAACCUCAUCGAAGCCGAGUGCGCCCUCGCCCAGGCCGAGAGCGACGAGGGCGUCGUGCCGCCCGCCGCGGCCGCCGCAAUCCGCGAGCACAGCGACGUCUCCAAGAUCGACUGGGAUCUGCUGGCCGCACGCACCGAGAUUGUAGGCUACCCAGUGCUACCGCUGGUCGAGCAGAUGUCCAAAUGGGUUCCCGAGGAGCACUCCGGCUACAUCCACUGGGGCGCCACGACGCAGGACAUCAUGGACCUGGCGUCGGUCCUGCAGAUGAAAGCCGGCCUCGCCAUCGUCGAGCGGCAGCUAUCCUCGCUCGCCGCGACGCUGACGCGCAUGGCCGCGCGCUACCGCGACGUGCCCAUGGCCGGCCGCACGCACCUGCAGCACGCGCUGCCCAUCACCUUCGGCUACAAGUGCGCCGUCUGGCUCUCCUCCCUCCAACGCCACCAGGCACGCCUGGCAACCCUCAAGCGCACCGCGCUCCUCGCGCAGUUCGGCGGCGCGGCCGGCACGCUGGCCUCCUUGGGGUCGUCGGACGCCGGCAUCCGCGUGCGCAAGCGGCUGGCCUCGCUGCUGUCGCUGGCCGACCCGGUCGUGACGUGGCACGUGGCGCGCGACGGCGUCGCGGACGCGGUCAACUUCCUCGCGCUGGUCGGCGGCACGCUGGGGAAGAUCGCACUCGACCUGAUCGUCAUGUCGUCGAACGAGCUGGGCGAGGUGGCCGAGCCGUACGUGCCGCACCGCGGCGCCUCGUCGACCAUGCCGCAGAAGCGCAACCCCAUCUCCUCCGAGGUCAUGCUCGCCCAGGCAAAGAUCCUGCGCGCGCAGGCCGGGUUGGUGCUCGAUGCGAUGGUUGCGGAUUUCGAGCGCGCGAGUGGCCCCUGGCAUCUCGAGUGGGCGGCGCUGCCGGUUGCGUUUGUUUCGUGCGUGGGGAGUCUGCAUCAGGCGAACUUUGCUAUUGGCGGGCUUUGCGUGAAUGAGGGGGCGAUGAUGGAGAAUUUGUUGAGCACUAAGGGUCUGAUCGUUGCUGAGGCGGUCAUGAUGGGCUUGGCGGUGCAUACGGGUAGGCAGGAGGCCCAUGAGAUCGUCUACAAGGCGUGCGUGGCGGCGCACGAGGGAGGCAUUUCGUUGAAGGAGAGCCUGGAGAAGGUGCCCGAAGUGACGAAGCAUUUGAAGGACGAGGAGCUGACUGAGCUGUGCGAUCCGACAAAGUAUCUGGGAUGCUGCCGACUGAUGGUUGAUGAGCUGAUUGGCCAGUGA